AUGUUCGGGGGCGACUUCUUCGGCGGGGGCUUCCCGGGGAUGGGCAGCCAGCGGCCGCGCGGCAACAACACGCGGUACUACGAGAUCCUGGGCGUGGACAGGAACGCGUCGGACGGGGAGAUCAGGAAGGCGCACAGGAAGCUGGCGCUCAAGUACCACCCGGAUAAAGCGGGCGCCAACGCCGAUCCCGAGAAAAUCAAGGAGAUCAACGAGGCGUACGAGGUGCUGAAGGACCAGGAGAAGCGGAGGCUGUAUGACGAGUACGGGGAGGAUGCCGUGAAGGAGAACGGCGGCCGCCCGGGCGGUGGCGGCAUGGCGGACAUCUUCGACCUGUUCGGGGGCGGCGGCGGCGCGCGCAGGAGGUCCGAGCCCAAGGGCGACGACAUUGUGCACAGGCUGCAGGUCAAGCUGGAGGAUCUGUACAAGGGGACCACUAGGAAACUUGCCCUGAACCGUAUGGUGAAGUGUGAUCAGUGCAACGGCGUUGGCACCAAGUCGGGGAAGACCUUCAAGUGCAUGGUGUGCAAUGGAAGUGGGCUGGAGGUUAAGAUCAAGCAGUUGGGGCCGGGGAUGAUACAGCAGAUUCAAUCGCGGUGCAGCAACUGUGGGGGCCAGGGCUACAGCGCACCAUAUGAGGACAGGUGCCCAACGUGCAGUGGAAAGGGCCUGUCCAAGGAAAGGAAGGUCUUCGAUGUGACGAUAGAGCAGGGCAUGAGGGAUGGUCAGAAGAUAACCUUCCAUGGGGAGGCUGGCUACUCCGAUCCCAACAUUCCACCGGGCAACGUCGUGUUCGUCGUGGAGGCCAAGGAGCAUGCCUUGUUCAAGCGUGUGGGCAUUGACCUUGUUAUGGAGAAGAAAAUCAACCUGGUUGAGGCGCUUUGUGGUGGGACUUUCUACAUUAACCACCUGGAUGGCCGGGUGCUGAAGUUCUCUCCGCCGGCGGGGGCGGUCCUCAAACCCGACUCGUGGCACAGGAUGGAUGAGGAAGGGAUGCCGAUACAUGGCCGACCCAUGGUGCACGGCAACCUGUACGUGCACUUCGACGUGGAGUUCCCAGACUCGUUGAGCGAGGGCCAGCGUAAGGCCGUGUCCAAGGCGCUGGGCGGCCCGGGCACGUCGUCGGCUGACCACAUGGUGGACGACGAAGUGGAGGUGGAGAUGAGCCCCGUGCCGGACAUCCAGGAUGAGUUGAAGUCGCGGGCACGCUUCGGCAAAGAGCAUGGGGCGGCUUACAACAGCGACGACAGCGACGAAGAAGGGUUCCCAAGGGGGCAGCGCGUGCGCUGUGCACAGAGCUAG